AUGGAUUCCCAAUUUGCGCCUGAAGAAGACUAUAAUAACGUCGUCGACUCUUACUCUGUCACCAUCAAUGGUUUCAUGUUCUGUACCCGUCAUGGUCUCGAAGUCUGUGAUAAAUGUCCUACCGAUAACCGUGCUGCUAACAACAUGGUGGUGGAAGAUAGCCUGAAGGAGAGAUUCACUGAAGACGAAUACAAUACCAAGUGGAAGGGCGACGAACGCGAACCCAUUACUGUCGCUCACAAAUGGGUCCGUGUAGGUAAAGGUAAACCGGGUUGUAUGGCGCAUAAGGAAGUAGCUUGUAAAGAAUGCUUUGACUGGGGAGAGCAGCUUUAUCGUGGUGUGCACGGUGGUCGCAAACCAAGAGUGUCUCGUCUCAAGAACAAGAAGGAAAAGACUCAUGAUGAACGUAUUGAAUAA